AUGAAUAACAAGAGAAGAAGUACUGCAGCAACAAAUGGAGGAGGAAAAAAGAAUGAAGAACAAGAGAUAAUUAAAGAAGUACAACAACAACAAGACAACAUUCAAGUAGAAGAACAAUCAACAAAAAGAGUAAAGACAAAUGAAGGUCAAUUAACAACACUAGAAUUGUUAAAGAAAUCUAUUGCUACAGAGCCAUCGAAAAAGGUUGCAGCUGUUGUAUCACCAUUAGAAUUCCAUAUUGAAAAGAUUACAUCAACAACUUCUAAAAAGGAUACAUCGGUCAUUAUCAAUCGUACAACCGAUCAACUACCAAAAGAGUUUACAUCUAAAUACUUUCAAAAUACAUCUACCGAUUCAUUAUACAAAGAUUUUAAAUCUUAUUUCUCUAUUGAUGUUGAAAAGAAAUUAUCAAAAGAAAAGAUUGAUAUGGAUUAUCUUUAUAAUAUACAUCAACAAUAUUAUUGUAGUGUCAAUAGCAAGUUUAGUUAUUGUAUUGUAAAGAGAUUGUCCAAUUUGUUUACAGAGUUGAAAGAGUGGAAUCUAUUGGCUUUGGUGAUGGUUUUGUCGAGCAGUGUGUCUUCGUCGUCCACCCCAUCACUCAUUCCAGCCGUCGUUGCAGCUCAACGUCUUGAUAUGGUACCAGUCAUCAUUCGUUAUAUGACCAAUAUCAAACAAACUGAAAUAUGCUCCCUUCUCAAAGAAUCAAUCAUUACAACCUUUAAAUCAAUUGAUCAUACCAUCAACUUUGUAAAUAACCAACAAUUAAAUAAUAAUCAAAAUAAUCAAAAUAAUCAAAAUCAAAAUAAUAAUAAUAAUGGUAACGAAAAUCAAAAAUUUUUAGAAAAAUUAAAUACAAUUAAUACUGAUUGGAUUGAUUGGAUUACUGGAUACAAUGGAAUUGAUUAUGAUCAAAUGGUAGAGUGUAUCCGUGCACAAUUUGAUUUCACACAGACUCGUCUAUUAUUCAACCAUCUCUUCUUUUACAUCAACCGUUAUCUCGAGAUGCACAUUGAAAUCGUACCAAAGGAGAGACGUACCGACAACUCUGUCAUUCUCUCACUCGAACAAUUGACCCAGUGGGUCGGCAUCUUGCUCGACAGCCACUACCAAGAUUGGGACGAAUCCUCACUCUCUCACUACAAAUUCAUCAUCUCCAAAUUGGUCAACAACUACUCGCUCAUUGGAAACACUCACGCAUUCUUUAAAAUUAAUAUUAAUAAUAGAAGUGAUUCUUUGAUGGAGGAUAUCACUUAUUCAAUUCAUACUUAUGAUAUUUAA